AUGCCUACCGUUAUCCACCUGAGGGCCGACACCAAGCAGUUCGAGCGCCGCUCGUCGAUGUCGCCCGCGACAGCCAAGGCUCUCCUUGAUGCUGGCUACACUGUCCGUGUGGAACGAUCGCCCGAGCGUAUCUACAAUGACGAAGAGUUUGCCGCCGUCGGCGCAGAGCUGGUCCCCGCCGGAUCGUGGCAGAAGGCCCCCAAGGAGGACAUCAUCCUCGGCCUCAAGGAGCUCCCCGAGGAGGACAUGCCUUUGCCCCACAGCUACAUUCACUUCCAGCACAUUUUCAAGAAGCAGACCGGCUGGGCCCCCUCGCUGUCACGCUUCGCCAAGAGCGGUGGCACUCUGUACGAUCUUGAGUUCUUGACCGACGAGACGGGCCGCCGCGUGGCCGCCUUCGGUUACUGGGCUGGAUACGCUGGUGCUGCCAUUGCCCUGCUGUCAUGGGCCCACCAGGUACUGAACCCCGGUGUCACCCAGGGUGCCGUUCCCACUUUCGAGAAUGCGCCCGCUCUGGUUGCACACGUCAAGGCUGCCGUUGAGCCUGCCGUCAAGGCCAACAACGGCCAGCUGCCCCGUGUCAUCGUCAUUGGUGCCCUUGGCCGUUGCGGCAAGGGCGCUGUGGACUUCUGCACCACUGCCGGACUCGACGCAGACUCCAUCCUGAAGUGGGAUAUGGCCGAGACCGCCAAGGGAGGGCCCUUUGAGGAGAUUGCCCAGUCCGACAUCUUCAUCAACUGCGUCUACCUCGGACCCCACCGCACUCCCCCAUUCCUCACCUUUGACUCUCUUUCGGCUCCUGGCAGACGUCUGCGCGUCAUUUGCGACAUCAGCUGUGACCCCAACAGCGAGAACAACCCCAUCCCCGUGUACUCCACCUGGAGCUCUUUCGACAAGCCCACGAUUCCCAUCAACAAGGAGAUCCCUGGUCCGGAGCUGAGAGUCGUCGCCAUUGACCACCUGCCUACUCUGAUUGCUCGCGAGUCCAGUGAUGAGUACUCUGGCCUGUUGUUGCCCAGCCUGCUCACUUUGGACCGCCGCGACACUGAGGGUGUCUGGACCAGAGCUGAGAAGAUUUACAAGGACAGAGUUUCCGAGCUGCCUUGA